CCCAUGGACCAUGUGGUGGCGCUCCUAGAGACGUAUAAAGCUCUUCGACACUCCGUAAAACUCACCCCGAAUGCGUCAUUCUCGUUCGCCGCUCCCGAGAAAUUUCAACUUGUCCACCUGCACUGGGAUGUCGAGGUCGACCCAAAGGCGCGCUGUCUAAAGUGCGACGUUCGGUAUCGCGUAAGAAGACUGAUGAACUCGGCCCAUGAACUCGUUCUUGACAGUUCGGAUCUCUACGUCGAGAAAGUUCGUUUGAAUCGCUGCCAACGGAUCUACUAUUACAAGAGCCCCAAGCACAAGACGUACGGCGAAGCACUGAGAAUUCAAAUUCCGAAGGAGGAGAGCAAUUUCGAAAUCAGCAUUGCCUACAGGACGAGGAGCUCUGCAGCGCUAAGAUGGAGCCAUCGGGACGAUCGGAGUUUGUUCACGUUUUCUUUCCCGACCGCAGCGCGAUCUCUGAUUCCGUGUCAAGACGUGCCCCAAGUCAAGAUACCUUUCCGAGCUACUUUGGUGACGCCACGGGGGACUACGGCCGUGAUGGGGGCCACCCUUCGAGACUCAACGAAACGAUCCGACGGGAAGAACGUGUUCCUAUUCGAGCAGCGUGUUCCGAUACCCUUCUUCCUCAUAGCCUUCGCCGUCGGCGAUUUCACGUACGUUCCCGUUUCAAGCUGCGUGGGGGCCUACACCGAGAACGAGCCCGCGGAUGCACGGUACGUGGCGGCGACCGUGAAGAGAAUACUGCCGAUAGCCUUCGAUCUGCUCGGACCGUGUGUUUUCAGCAAGUUCGAUGUCCUCAUCCUGAACGACUUCCCAUUCAAAGCAAUGGAGAUUCCCGGUCUGACGUUUCUCAACGCUAGACUCGUGGGCACCUCAGAGCUCGCAACAGUCCUCGCCCAUGAGGUUGCUCACAGCUGGUUCGGAAACUCCCUCGGCAUACAAACGUUCCAUCAUCUCUGGAUAACAGAGGGGAUCUGCUCGUACGUGGAGCGUAGAAUCCUGCUGGAAUUACGAGGUGAAAGUUUCUGGCGUCUCGUGCAUCAGGACGCUGUCGUGCGACUCGAAACCGAGGUUUACCUUCUCGGCGCCAAGAACGCGCGAUUGAAAUUGGUCAACGACGAGAUCGAAGCCAGUCAGCUGCACUCGAUGGUCCCGUAUGAGAAAGGAUACCUGUUUCUGAUAUAUCUGGAGACGCUUCUCGGUGUCGAGAAGCUUCUGUGUGCGCUGCGUUAUCUACAUUUGAUCUACAAAGAGACCGCUAUCGAUUCAGAGAGAUUCCGAGAGUUCCUGACAGUUCUCUUCGAGGAUUCGCUGUCCGAUGUCGACUGGAACGAUUGGCUCUAUGGGGCCGGAAUGCCGAAAGUCAUCUGGGAUAACAGUUACUAUCGAGACGUCGAAUGUCAGCUCCGAGCGAAGGUCGCCACCUGA